AUAGAGGUUAACACUGCUUUUGCUUGAUUGCAGUAUCAGCAUUUUAUAAUUCAUCCUUUUGUCCAACUUUUUUUUAUUAUUUAAGAACUCACAAUAGGAAUAUUUUGUAAAGCACAGAAUGCGUCUGGGAUUAAGCUGCAGAAUCUCAUAUAAUAUAUUUCAAUAAAGGAAACAUCUAUUACCAAGUUAUAAUGUUCAUCUAUUAGAUAAUUAUAAAAUGGCUGGUUUUGGUGAUUAUACUGGAUAUAAUCGACCUUUCGGAUUUGAUCCAAACAGAGAAAGUAACGAUUUAUAUGAUACGCGAUACCAACAAAUAUACGGUUAUCAUACACCAAUGACUGAGGAAUACCAGGGCCCACCGCUCGUUAUGGACGACAUUCCUGAAGAAGAAAAUAAUACUUUUGUAACAACUGCAAUAAGUGUAGCAAGUCUUGUUACAGAAAACCUAUUGAGUCAUCCAUUCAUUGUGCUGAGACGUCAAUGUCAGGUAAACCGAGGUCUUAAAAGUUACCACAUUGUACCAUACACUCUGCUGCCAGUUGUUGUAAAGCUGCACCGAAGACAAGAGAUAACAACAUUGUGGAAAGGGAUCGGAUCCACUUGUAUCGUUAAAGGUCUCAACUUGGCCGUAGAAGAUCUAAUAUCAAAGGGUACCAAUUGGCCUAAGGACAUUGGAAAAUGUCAUUCAGUCUUACAGUUUCUUCAACACAUAACUUUAAAAUGUGUCAGUCUAGCUAUAAUCACUCCAUUUUAUUCGGCAAGCUUGGUUGAAACUGUUCAAAGUGAUAUUGCCAGUGAUAAGCCUGCAUUAUUUGAUGUGUUCCGAGAAGGAUUUCUACGUAUACUAGAAUGGGGAACUCCUAGCAAGGGUAGAAUGCUACCUAUUUGGGCUAUCGUACUACCGACUGCUGGAUUGGGAGUAUCCAAAUAUCUAGCACAUUUGCUGUUGAGAAAAAUAACAAUAAAAGCACUUAGAUUCCAACAAAGACAUCGUCAUGAGCUGAGUGAUUCUUACAAUUCAAAUUUUCCCAAAAACACCCAAAACCCACUCAUAGAGGAUAUUAAUUUAAAAGCAAACAUCUUCUCGUUCAUUACUAUGGAAAUUAUCUUCUAUCCAAUAGAAACUAUUAUCCAUAGACUUCAUAUUCAGGGUACAAGAACUAUCAUAGACAACUUAGAUACAGGAACAUCAGUUACACCCAUUCUAACUGGAUAUGAAGGCUUCAUGGAUUGUUACAAUACAACAAUAUCAAAGGAAGGCAUUUCAGGAUUAUACAAGGGUUUUGGAGCGUUGGUCCUACAAUUAGCUGCACACUUAGCUAUUAUAAAAUUAACAACAAUAGUUGUGAAUGAAGUGUCUAAUCUACUGAAACCAGCAAGUACCCCAACUAAUUCUGACGGUUCAAAUGUCUCACAUCAAAAAUACUUAUUCAAUUAAUCCAUUGGCUUCACACUGUUUGUUUUUAAAAUAAGAUAUCAAGUGGCCAAUGUUGCAAGUAAAUCUGUUCUAAAAAUGUAAAAUGUUUUAUUACAUGUGUAGUGAAUUGAUGUUUCUAGAUAUUAGUAAUAGUCGAAUUUUCUUUUUUUUUGUUAUAAAUUAUUUGGCUAGAUGUAAGCAUAGCACAGCUUUUUAUGUAAGUUUUAAAUUAUGUUUGAAAUAAAAGGGUUUCAAUAGGU